AUGACUGAAUUUUCAGAAGAAUUGCGCAGUUGUACGGCAAAAGCGGCACGGUUCUAUAUAUCCGGAUCCAAUAAAUCGCGUCCCACGCGCGGUCGGCCCAGGGGCAAACUCACGAUCGCGGAUUUGGCUACAAUUCAUCAAACCAACCUCCCUCUUUUGAAGAAGUAUAUUCGGCUGUUGAAGGAAGGCAAGGACCUUCCUUCUGAAGCUUCAGAUAGCUUGCGAGGGGGUAUUCCGUGCCUUACGAAGCAAGAGGAGGCUGCUCUUAUCACCUAUAUUCAGAAGGUUGAAAAUACCUCCUUCCAAUUGACUGACGCUUGCAUCGUCAACAAGGCCAACUUCCUGCGCCGUUUACGCAACGAAGGGCCUGUAUCGUAUAAGUGGCUUCCAAGAUUCAAAGCCCGGCAUCCUGAAUUAACUAGCCGCGUUGGCCGGUUCAAAGAGGUGACCCGGAUAGGUGCUGAACUUGACCCUGACGAGCUCGAAGCCUGGUAUACAGAAUACGAGAAUGUGGCCAAAGGGCUUCAAGUUGAGCCCGAUAACCUGUGGAAUUUCGAUGAGACUCCCUUGCAGAUAGGCUGGGCCCGCGGGAAGGUGAAAAUAGCCUCCAUUCGUAAGAAGAAGAGCAGCCGCCAGAUUCUCUUCCAACCGGGCAAUAAGGAGAGUUUAACAUCAAUUGACGCGAUCAGUACAGCCGGGAGAUAUAUCCCUUCUUUCCUUAUCCUAUCCGUAAAAGCGUUGCUUGAGGAUUAUGCAUUUGCUGACCACUUUAAUUAUUACUCUUUCAAAGCAAGCGAUAGCUUUAAGGGUUAUACGAUUCAGAGCUGGUUCGGUUACGCAGCCGAUAUUAACUACAAGGGUUGGGAAGAGCGGGUGAACAAGGAGCCCUUUUGUAUUCGAACCACGCCACGGUUCGCAAGGCUCCUCCUGAUGGAUGGAUUCGCAGCCUACGAAGACCCCGAAUUCCUCUGGUAUUGCGAUAUGUUUGAUAUCGUGCCUUUUAAACUGUUUUCUCAUAUGAGCCAUCUUAUGCAGCCUCUCGAUGUGGGCGUUUUUCAACAUAGAAGCCUCCAGAAGUGGGUUCGCAGCGGAGGGCUUCAGAUAACCCGCUAUGACUUCCUAUGCUCUUGGAAAGGGAUAGUCAAGGAUUCCUUUCGAGUUGGAUAUAUAUACACAGGCUUCGAAAAUAGCGGAUUAUGGCCUAUUGACCCGGAUAAGGUGUUGUCAAUAGUCAGGGCGGAGCGCGAAGAGCAGACUAGGCCAAUGUGGCCCAACUUGUUAUACGAGACCGUCGCAACCCCACGGUCUGCUAAGCGGAAACUCGCGAAUAUCUCAAUAGCCAAUAUCAAUGAGGAUUUAAAAAAAGCAGUGGAUGAUGUAUUAACUGCUCUAGAUUAUUCUAUUAUUUUACAGGAUGCACAGCUUGAAGCGUUGAAGUUGGUGCGUGAGCGGUUAGCUCAGCAGGCUGCGCGCACGCGGACUAUGCGGCGUAUCGCGGGUACGAAAGACGGCGCUUUCACAAGAGGUCAACUUCUCGCGAAGGUUAAGGCCCGAGAGGAAAAGGAGCAUAAUGAACUGUUGAAGAAGCAGGCUAGGAUGCAGAAAGUAGAGCUUCGUAAGUUGAGGGCUCAAGAGGCCGCUUUACAAGCAGCUUCGCAAGCAUCGCAACCUCGUCUUCGCGGCCGAGCCGCAGCAAAGGCUAAGGCAGAGGCAGAGGCUAGGGCUCGUGAACAGCUAGCCUCUAUGAACUCGCAGGUUCAGGAGCGAUAUCUCAACAUCCGAGAGGCUUGGGACCAAGCGGAUAACUCUCAGAAGAUACAGUUAUCGGCUACAAUGCCUCUCGAUGCUCUGGAGUCAAUUCCUGACUAUUCAGACUGGCUAGCUGCCCAAGAGGUUCGAAGAGAAGCUGCAGCUGCUGUUGAAGCCCUCCCUCAACUAGCCCGGCACCCUCUUAGCUCUCCUAACGCCGGUUAUAUAACUGUUGCAACAAACAGCUCCGUUGGGUUGCCCGGCAGCGAUGACAGUAUUGAGAUCAUUACACAUCGCCCACCCGGCUCAACCUGGGCAAGAGAUAUAUCAAUCUCUGCAGGAAGACCUGUAGAUUCAUAUGGAAGAGAAGUUGAAUUUAUAUCUCAAGCGUGGUCGGGCGAAUCGCAUUAUGCGCCUGCGAAUUACUCGUCUGACGAUACGGAGAUCAUGGUGGGGGGCGUACCAAUUAGGGUCCCAAAGUCGCGGGCCCGCGCGCCGUAA